AUGGAACAGUAUAGUCAGGGCGAGUUGGCGAAACAUCACGAUGUCGAGAACCUCUGGGUCUCGAUCCGUGGGAAAGUUUACAACCUAUCUGGCUACGUGGAUGAUCAUCCCGGGGGUGUUGAGGUUUUGAAAGAUGUUGCAGGCUCCGACGGUACCGAGAGUUUCGAGUAUGUCGGCCACUCAGAGGAUGCCUACAAGACAUUGCAAAGAUUCCAAAUUGGUGUCUUGGAAGACCACGUGGGUUUCUUCUUUGCCUCCCAAAGAGUACCAUAG